GGUUAAAGUCUGCUCCAUAAACUCUUGCUUAAGAAUCCCUUGGCAGCUUCACAUGUAGCUUUAAAUACUGAUUUGACAGAUCACGUUUUACUCUCAGGCACUGAGAAAACAGCCAACCACUGCCUGCACAGCUGUGUAACGCUUGUAUCAGAGCAACAAGUACAUCCCGGAGCUUGCAGUCACACGAUGGGGACCAAACUGGGAAUCUUUAUUUCUACCUUUAUAUUGGCAUCAUGGAUGAUCUUAAUCUCAGGGACAAAGGAACAGUUUAGUUCAAUGGAACCUCCAAGAAAUUUUGAAGAGCCUGGUUUGCACACAUGGAUGGAAAUGAGAGAUGCUUUUAUGCCAGCUGACACUCCGGAUGACAGCCAACCUGAAACAGACCCUUCUGACCUUCCAACUUGUCUGCUGUGUGUGUGUCUAACGGGAUCAGUGUACUGUGAGGAAGUUGAUCCAGAUAUGACAUCAGUACCGGCUCUUCCGAAAGAGACAGCCUAUCUAUAUGCUCGAUACAACAAGAUAAAAAAGAUCACUGCGAAAGACUUUGGCGAUAUUGUUACACUGAAAAGAAUAGAUCUGACUGGAAACUUAAUUUCUGAGAUUGAGGACGGGGCCUUCAUGAAGCUGACGUUGUUGGAGGAACUUUCUCUCGCUGAGAACCGGCUUGUGAAACUGCCAAUGUUACCACCCAGACUCACGUCCUUUAACGCCAAUCACAACCGCCUCAGAACCAAAGGAGUGAAAGCCAAUGCUUUUAAGAAAUUAACCAAACUAAGAGAUUUAUAUCUUGCCCACAAUGAAUUGGAGGCGGUUCCAUUCAUUCCAGAGAGCGUGCGCACAUUUCAUAUUCAGAACAACAACAUUACAGCUGUCACUACUGACACCUUCUGCAAAAGCAAUAACACCUACUACAUCCGGCCCAACAUUAAUGAGAUCAGGAUGGAUGGAAACCCGGUGAUCCUCGCGCAGUACCCCACAAGCUUUGUCUGUCUGCUGUCUUUGCCAGUUGGACGGUACCACUGAGAAAGCCUUUAAAACAUGCGCAAAUCUAUAAAUGUGCUAUAAAAGUUCUGGACUGAAAAGUGUUUCUUGUCCAGUUUGCCACCUUGCAAAAGUAGGGUAUGUGAAUUGUUUAUUACUAUGUAUGUAUGUAUGUAUGUAUGUAUGUAUGUAUGUAAGUACUAAAAUUCCCUCUUGAACUCUGUGGCUUAAAUGUAAUU